GCAUCUGUGAGUUUUCCUGCGACACAGCUGCGGCGAUCUAUGCUGUGAGUAUUUGCGAAGAUGUUCCGUUGGAAAGUAUUGAGAGGAGGCAUGGAAGCGCGGCCGCGGAGCUGGAGCAAUUGAGCCAGGCCACCAUUGCCAUCUUGCAACACCUUUCUGCUUUGAAUGUUCAGUUUCCAGCUGAAGUGCCAGAGACGUGGACCACUGCGAUGGAACAACUGCAAAGCAUUAGAUGGCCAGACCGUUUGUCUGGAUUGCAGUGCAGUAGUUUGCUCGCUGUGUUGUUGGAGAGUCGGCCGCUACAGCGCAGAGGUUGGUGGCAGUUGGUGGAUUGCUGGGAUCGCGCAGAUCCAGUGGAUGUAGCAGAGCGACUGUGGAGCCUGGCCACAUGUCAUCAAGCUGGACCAGCAGUGGAGCCAGACAGUGGCUUCCAGGAUCGAGAAGAUGUUUUGGAGGCGGUCUUGGGCACACUGAAGCACAAGCACAAGAGUCGUGGAUAUGAUGAGGCAGACAAACUCUUGUUGCGCACUUUGAUGCGGCGCUAUGGCUGGGAAAGACAUCUGGACGAGAGCACAGCGUGCACGUGGAUGGAAACCUUUGAAGCAGUCAAGAAGGCAGAGGAUUGGUCUCGUUUUGCUUGGUUUCUGGUCGCGCACUUGUUGCACCCUGCUUGUCGUGAGAGUUUGCGUGCGUGGCACAAUCCGGUGACCGUUUUGGAGUCGAGAUUAGACCGCAGUGGUAUUGCCCAGGAGGUGGUUACUUUGCACGAUGACUUGUUGGCCUGGCAAGAUCUCCACGGGUGUUCUUCGUUGCCCGAGAAGAAGCAGCGUGCAGACUUGGCGAAGAGGGUGGGCAAGUAUUUCAACAGCAGGGAGGCGCGUGUGAGGACCCUCCAGAAAGCUUAUCCUGCAGACUUUGCGCCGCUGCCUGGUUACAGAGUUGAGUGUUUGUCCUUGGAAGGCGAUUCCCUGCGUGGUGUACUCUGGCGGUCUGCAGCUGAACGUGCUCUGAUGUUUUCGAUCCCUGGAUGGAGAGAAGAGGGCAAGGGCAAGGAGGAGUUUCAUCCUUUGCAGGAUUUCUGUAAGCAUUGGUUGCCAGAAGCAGACGAGAUGGAGUGUCUUGAUUUGUUGACGAACACACAGCGCCCUGUCACGUGGAAGCUCGAGCAAGUCGCGAGACGAUUGGACUGUUCACCCACGGUAUCUGGUGUGCAAGAAGCCUUAGCCAAGCGCUUACUGCGAUCUUUCCCUGAGGAUGCAGGUGAAUGCCUACAGAAAUUCUGCUGUAGAUUGUGUCCAACCGACUGCGCAGAUGCAAAGUCCUUCAAAGAGCACGUCGCACAGGAGCACGCUG